AUGAACAUUCAAAGACUUCACCUUCAACCUUUCACCUUCAACCUUUCACCUUUCACCUUUCACCUUUCACCUCGACUCUUCAACUCCGCACUCUUAUCUGAUAAGAGCGCGUUAAGUGAAACGCGAAAUCGCCACGAGUCCAGUGACUUCCGAAUAAUCAAGAUGGCCCAAAGACGACAGGCACGGAAUAUUCGGGGCCCGCACUCCGCUUUGACAGACUUCCUUGCUUCAAACAACAUUUCGGCGGCGCAAAUUCGAGACGAUUAUGACCGCCGAGCCACAGGGGCUACACAGCAGUCUCCUGAAGUUGAAGCCGCUCAUUCGCCCAGUGCAGCUGAAAGUAAUGGCUCUCCAGAAGCCAAUUCCCCAGAAGAUGUGACCAAGAAGCGCAAGCGACAACAGGCCAUUGCUAGAAUCAAAAAUACCAAGGCUUUUGCACGCCGCAAGGCGCAACGCAAGGGAGAUGAUGAUGACGAUGAUUUUCUUGCCGGGCAGAUGGUCGAUGAGAAGCAACAACCCAAGCCAGGCCAGCUAGAAAACUGUGAAACUUGCGAGAAGCGCUUCACGGUCACUGCAUAUAGCAAGACCGGUCCUAAUGGAGGUCUGCUAUGUGCUGAUUGCUCUAAAAAGCAAAAGGGGGAUGAGAAAAAGGCCCCUGCUAAGAAGCGUGGCCCUGGCAUCGGUCGCCGUCAAAACCAAGCCAACUUGCUCGACGGUUUGACUCUUCAUGGGACUCAGAGUCUGUUGGAAACGUGCAUCAAGAAAGUCGCUGAUCAUAUUCACGAUGUUGAUGAAUUUGGCGACCUGCCUCCAUCGUUGCUGCUUCGUCUGGGUCAGAUCUUGUCCAGAAGACGGUCUGUGACUUCUCGGACUUUGAACCUGUUCUUGCGCCCUCGUUACAAGUCCAUUGACCUCUUUGACUGUGCUAAACUUGGCACGGAUGAUUACCACAAGAUUCUUGCCUCUAUGCCUCAUCUCACAAGAGUCAAUCUACGUUUCACCACUCCAAUGAAGGACCCCAUUUUCGAUUAUAUGAUCGAGCGUGAUAUGCAAAUCAAAGACCUUCACCUAGAUGGGCCAAAUCUUGUGACCGAUGACUGCUGGCGUCGGGUUUUCAUAAAGCUCGGCCACAGGCUACAGAGUCUGAAACUCUGGAAUUUGGAUUCUGCCUUUGAUGAUGAGACUGCUAUGGUCAUGUGCAACAAUUGUCCUAACCUUCAGCGUCUGAAAUUGAAAUUCCUUGCCAAAAUCGGCGACAACACGCUAAAGGCAAUCUCCACUCUCGAGCAUCUUCAGCAUUUGUCGUUACAUCCAAUGCCAGAGACUAAGGCAGAAACUGAAUCUCUUGUCCAAAUCAUUGCCGCAGUUGGGCCUCAGCUCAAUACUUUGUCUCUUGAGGAGUUUGAGCUUGUCGAUGACCGUCUCCUACAGCACAUCCACGAGCAUUGCCAUGCUUUGUCCAAGCUUCGGCUUACCCAGAACGCAACCUUCACCGACCAAGGAUUGACCAACCUUUUUCAAGGGUGGUCCAACCAGGCCCUUAUCUAUGCGGACCUUCACUCUCUCCGAGAUGUAGACAUGUCAAAUCCUACCGGUCCUCCGGAGCCUGUUGGGCUUGCAUCAAACGGGUUUAUUGCCCUGAUGGAGCACUCAGGCUCAAAACUUCAACACUUGAACAUUGCAUCCUGCCGUCACGUAUCCUACAAGGCAUUCGAGGAGGUGUUUGCAGAGGACAAACAGUACCCUGACCUCAAGUACCUCGAUAUCUCCUUCAGCACCGCGGUGGACGACUAUCUUGCUCAGUGCAUCUUCCGAUGUUGUCCAUCGCUCCAGAGAUUGGUCGUUUUUGCUUGCUUCAAAAUCCGUGAUAUCCAUAUCCCUAGAGGUCUUGCCGUCAUUGGCACUGUGGGUGCAACCCUCAAAGUCGAUGGAAUCACUCAGUCUGAAACCAUUUAA